AUGUCGUUUUCAAAAUUAACAAAGGUUCCUCUAUCGUCAUGGACGAAACGGGUUUCAACAGUGUCAAUGCUUCCUAGUGGAAGCAACACUGCCCAAGGCCCUAGCUACCUUCGCUCUUUCACAUCCUCAACUGUUCUACAGGAGCAACAGGCCCAAACUGGUCAAGACUUCAACAACCGCCCACAAAGAAACAAUUACAAUAAUAACAACAAUCGAAGACACCACAACCGUAAUAAUAAUCAUAACAACAACCGACACAGUAAUAAUAACAAUCGGAUCAGAAGUGGAAAUAAUACCAACAGAUCAUGGAAGCCAGACUUGCCUGAAGACCAUAUUCGAAAUGCAUUUAACGAGGACUUAAUGGAGUUCAGAGAGAAAUUGACUCUGUCAAAUCAGAGAACCGCACGUGGUAGUGCAAGUCUUGUGGAUACUCAGGCUGCCAUGAAUAUUUAUACAAAACUAAAAGAAACUCCUGGAGUACUUGCAAAGUCUGAUAUAGGUGCCUUGAUCCAGGGACUUCACACUUCAGCUAGAGUAAGUGUCAAAUCCAUGUCUCGAGUUAUUUCUGCUAAGCGUAAAGAAGCUAUUAUGCAACAGAGUGACAUUCUUGCCAACUACUUAGAAAUAGUUGGUAAUGAUCUUUUAUCAGGUCGGGUCGUAACCAAUGAAUUUGGUUUCAUGCAAUUUUUCACUGCAUAUGCUACUUUGAACAGACCCAAUAGAGGUCUCGAACUGUAUGAGCGAUUUUGCAAAGCUGCUGAAAGUGUUGUAGAGGCUGAAUCAGAUGGCACAGUUGCUAAGCAAGAAGCCGUUAACACUGACAUGGCCGAUUUGAUUAAGAACUCUGGAAAAGUGACUGGUGCUGUGUUCCAUCUUCUAAUAUCAGCUGGUGCUCCUUUCGAACGUAUCGAGAAUCUUUACGAAGAAACUCGUGAACAUGGUAUCGGUGAUCUCAACAUUGAGCACAACAUGAUUCGAGCAUUUAUUCUUUAUGAUAGAGUUACUGAAGCAUUGAAAUUGUAUUCAAAUGUCCUCAAGGUAUACUUGGAGGACGAACGAGCUGAUUAUUAUUUCGGCCGUAUUCACGAGUUCUUUGUUGGCGACUGUUCCGACGUGAAUGUAGCCACCAACUUUUACUACGAAGCUGUUGAGAACAAGGUGCCAUACUCUGUAGAAUGUCAUCCCUCAGCUGUCCACCGUCUUAUGGAACUUGCCUGGAGAGAACACAAAGAUUUGGAUGAGCUCAUUAACAUUUGGGCAGCAUAUCUGUCUUCUGUGAGAACAUAUCGCGAGCCAAACUACAAUGUACUUAGUUACAGCUUGUUUGUGCACUUUUUCGAGGCUCACCCUGUGGUUACAAACGAAGCAUACGAAAAGCUUAAACAAAUCAUCUCGUCAUAUAAUGAGCGACAGGGACGCAUGAGUGCCAUCUUCCUCAACAGUCUCCUGGCUGUUGCUGGUGGCAAGUGGAGGGAUAGUGAAGUUAUUCUUGGAAUUGUUGACAGCUUCGACAUGUAUGGCUUGCCUAAGAAGGUCGACUCUUUGCGUAUCAUUCUGAAUUCUCUGCGUGGUGUCGAGACCGAGCCCGAAAUUAUUAGAUCUUUUUGGAACGAGCGUUUGGCCCUUGUUGAGGAAAAUCCGCUAGAGAAGUACGAUUUCUGGGCCCUUGGUAAAGCUUGUAAUAGAACACCUGAACGUAUUGCCUUAUUCGUGGAGGUCUGGAGUCAAUAUAUUCAAGAAAACCAACCCACUGAUGCAUCCCUUCAAGAAAUUCUUGGAUUUUUCCGCAUUCCAUCUAAUGAGACAAUCAACAUUGCUGAAGCAUUGGAGUCUCCGAAAUGA